GAGCAGUUACUACUCGCCUGAAGGAACUGGUUCAUUCGUUUUAAGAUUUAUUGAACCAUUAGCGGGACAUUUUUAUUUUUUUGCAAAUAGGUUAGGGCCGGAUACCAUUGUCAAAUUCCGCAGAAGAGAUUUUUACCUGUCCCAUCCCGGUAAGCGCGUGACUGUUGUGAGCCAAGUGUGAUUUUGGCGGUGAGUUUUGGCCUUGCUUGACGAAACAUGACACGUGUGUUGGUGUACGUUGGCGUGCUAAUAGCCAUAAUGGCUGCAACGGAAGGAAGGCCAAAAUCAGCUGAGCCAAAGUGUAAAUCUGGCCCAGUCGACCUAGUCUUCAUCAUCGACAGCUCCCGCAGCGUUCGUCCGCAUGAGUUCGAGACGAUGCGCAAGUUCAUGAUCAACAUCAUCCAUGAGCUGGACAUUAGCCUGGAGGAUACAAGAGUUGGUGUGGUCCAAUAUUCCAGCCAAGUCCAGAACGUGUUCUCCCUCAAAGCCUUCAGCAAGCCAGCGCAGAUGGUGAAAGCCAUCAAUGAGAUCAUUCCAUUGGCCCAGGGCACAAUGACCGGCCUCGCCAUCCGUUAUGCCAUGAACGUAGCCUUCUCCGCCGAGGAAGGCGCCCGUCCUAAAGUUCCACAUGUGGCUGUUAUUGUGACCGACGGUCGUCCGCAAGACCGUGUGGCCGAAGUGGCGGCGGCUGCGAGAGAGUCUGGUAUUGAGAUCUAUGCCAUUGGUGUCGCCAGGGCCGAUAUGACAUCACUCAGAGCAAUGGCAUCUCCACCAUUUGAAGAUCACGUGUUCCUAGUGGAGAGCUUUGACCUUAUUCAUCAGUUUGGGCUUCAAUUCCAAGACAAGCUUUGUGGGAUGGACUUGUGUCUAGAAUCAGAUCAUGGUUGUGAUCACAUCUGUGAGAGCUCGCCUGGCUCCUACCAGUGUCUGUGUCUGCCUGGAUACCAACUGAACGAGGAUGGCAAGACAUGCAAAUUCAUUGAUUUAUGCGCAGAAGGGAAGCAUGACUGUGAGCAGCUCUGUAUCGCUUCACCCGGAUCCUUCACAUGUGACUGUAACAAGGGAUACACACUCAACGAGGACAAGAGGACCUGCACAAUGAUCGACUACUGCUCAUUUGGGAAUGAUAGCUGUGAGCAUGAGUGUCUGAGUGUGCUCAAUGGCUUUAACUGCCGUUGUAACGAAGGAUACACACUCAAUGAUGACCUGAAGACUUGUACAAUGAUCGACUACUGCUCAUUUGGGAAUGAUAGCUGUGAGCAUGAGUGUGUGAGUGUGCUUCAAAGCUUUUAUUGCCAAUGUCGUGAAGGAUACACACUCAACGAGGAUGAGACGACGUGCACAAUGAUCGACUACUGCUCAUUUGGGAAUGAUAGCUGUCAGCACGAGUGCGUUAGCGUUCUCAACGGCUUUUACUGCCGCUGUAACGAUGGAUACUCACUCAACGAUGACAUGAAGACCUGCACAAUGAUCGACUACUGCUCAUUUGGGAAUGACAGCUGUGAGCAUGAGUGUGUGAGUGUCCUCAAAGGCUUUUACUGCCAGUGUAAUGAUGGAUACUCGCUCAACGAUGACAAGAAGACCUGCACAAUGAUCGACUACUGCUCAUUUGGGAAUGAUAGUUGUGAGCACGAGUGUUUGAGUGUCCUCAAAGGCUUUUACUGCCAAUGUAAUGAUGGAUACUCGCUCAACAAUGACAAAAAGACCUGCACAAUGAUCGACUACUGCUCAUUUGGGAAUGACAGCUGUGAGCACGAGUGUGUGAGUGUCCUGAAAGGCUUUUACUGCCAAUGUAAUGAUGGAUACUCGCUCAACGAUGACAAGAAGACCUGCACAAUGAUCGACUACUGCUCAUUUGGGAAUGAUAGCUGCGAGCACCAUUGUGUAAGCAUGCUUAAAGGCUUUAACUGCCUCUGCAAUGAUGGAUACUCACUUAAUGAUGACAAGAAGACCUGCAAAAUGAUCGACUACUGCUCAUUUGGGAAUGAUAGCUGUGAGCACGAGUGUGUGAGUGUGCUCAAAGGUUUUAACUGCCGCUGUAAGGAAGGAUACACUCUUAAUGAUGACAAGAAGACCUGCACAAUGAUCGACUACUGUUCGUUUGGGAAUCACAGUUGUGAUCAUAAGUGUGUUAGUGUGCUCAAUGGCUUCUUCUGUCGCUGCAAUGAGGGAUACACUCUUCAGGAGGAUGGAAAGACCUGCAUGUCGGAUAACUUGUGUAACACAGUCGAACAUGGUUGUCAAUACCAGUGUGUGAGCACUCCAGGAUCAUAUCACUGUAUCUGUCCUGAGGGCCAUCUGUUACAGGACGAUGGCAAGACCUGCGGAACCUGUCGAUCUUCUAAUAUCGAUCUGGUCCUCCUCAUCGAUGGUUCCAAAAGUGUUCGCCCAAACAAUUUCGAGCUUGUCAAGCAGUUUGUUAACCAGGUGGUGGAUCAACUCGAUGUCUCCCCUAAGGGCACACGCGUGGGUCUUGUCCAGUAUUCCAGCCGAGUGAGGACAGAAUUCCCCCUCAGUAUGUACCAGAGUAAAGAGGAGAUCAAGAAGGCUGUGAUGAAUGUGGAAUACAUGGAGAAGGGAACCAUGACAGGUCUGGCUCUCAAACACAUGGUGGAGAACAGCUUCACUGAGGCUAACGGAGCACGUCCUGCUGAGAAGAACAUCCCACGUAUUGGCCUGGUGUUUACCGAUGGACGCUCACAGGAUGACAUCACAGAGUGGGCCAAGAAGGCCAAGGAAGCAGGUAUCACCAUGUAUGCUGUUGGUGUGGGCAAAGCCGUAGAGGAUGAACUGAGAGUAAUCGCCUCUGAGCCCGUGGAAAAAAACUUUUUCUACACCGCAGACUUCACAGCCAUGAGCCAGAUUGCUGAGAACCUCAAACUCAACGUCUGCGCAGCUGAGAGUCAGGGGGAGGUCGAGGUGAAGGACCCCUGCACUUGUGAAAGUCUUGUGGAAUUCCAGCAGGUCACCAUAUCCACCCUGGACCAGCUCAACCAGAAACUGUCUGCUAUGACAAAGCGAUUGGAGGUUCUGGAGAACCAGUUGCUCACGAGAAAAUGAAACGGCACUUCAUACAAGCCCUUUAAGGAGGAAGGGACCCAUUUGGUGAGAAGGGUCCUUCAAUAAAACCAAAGUCAUAAAGGUGUAUACACCUGAGACAUGAGGCCAGCAGACCAUGUUCUGUGCCAUUUUCAACAUGGCUGACAAUGCUCCCUAUUUAUACAUGAUCUGUAUUGUAUGGUUUAUUGAAAGGUAUGUAUUUAUGGUAAAUUUUAUAAUAGCAUUUAUACACUAAAAAGGGAAAUUAAAUCUUAUGGUUGUACCACUCAGAAAUAUGUUUUCUCCAUAAUAUUUGGCAUAUUUGCUUUGCACAACUGUAGACUUGUGCGCAAAAUGUUAACAUGCUUAAAACUGGGACCUGUGCCAUUUGAUUGUUGCAUUUAAAUGCUAAAUAAAAUACAUUUCAAUUAUGUACAAAUAUUAUAUUACUAAAUAACAAUUAGUUACAUAUUAUACUGUUGUAUAAAUUGUCUUAUUUUACAGACAAAAAACAGAUACCUACAGCAAAGUGAUCCACUAUUGUUCCUGAAUAUUUGAAAUAGUCAGAAAAAUAUGUCUGAUAUUUGUUAAUUGUUCGACUGGACUGCAAAAAAGAUUUGGAAAUCAAAAACCACCUAAAUGUUUUGUUCACGUUAAAGAUAGAUAGGCAAAAUUGAGGAAACAGUGAUAUGUUAAAGUUCCCCUUAAGAUUGCAUUUUUUUUACUAUUGUAGUGUAAUUUACACAUGUAGAAUCCAGUUAAGAAUACCUCAAAAUACUCUGGCCUCAGGAUCAUUAUGUGUUAUAGACGUUUGCAAAAAGGCCUCAUUUUAAGGCUCUUGUAUGUGAAUUCUUGUACUUUUGGAUAUUUACUAAUAACAUGCUUUUUUUAAAAACAUUCAGUGUCUCUGUAUUCAUUUACAUUGUGAAAAAUUUUGUUGUGAAGAUUUUUGAAAGAUGUUUAUAUAUAAAAUGUGUGCCCCA